AUGACUGGAAUAAUAAUUGAAGCUCUUGAAACUCCAGAAAUUAAUCAAGAUGUUAUUGAGAGUAGCCAAAAGGGAUAUGGUGCCGUUGUAUACAAUGAAAAUGAGUUAACAAAAACAUCAUUUGUUAUGUCCAAAGCAAGAGUUGCUCCCAUAAAAAGGGUUACGUUACAUCGAUUGGAGCUUUUAGGAGCAGUCAUAGGAGCUCGACUCAUUACAUACAUCCGACAUUCGUUGAAAAACAUAGAAAUGAAGAUUUAUAUGUGGACAGAUUCAGAAAUUGUAUUACAUUGGGUCAAGGCUGAUCCGACAAAAUGGAAACAAUUUGUACGAAAUAGGUGUCUAGAAAUCCAAGAGAAAACUGAUCCAGAUUGGUGGAAUUAUUGUCCCAGCCAUGAGAAUCCUUCGGACUUAUUGACGAGAGGACAGAAGGUAUGUAACUUCAAAGAAGAAUUUCAGUAUAAUAGAGAAAAUGAUAAUUUCAGACAUAAUCAUAAAUGUUUUGAGGUAGCUGAGCAACUUCAAGCAACUGAAGCUUAUUUUAAAAAAUUAGUACAAGAACUUGCUAAAAGCAAAGAAACAGUUUUGGAUAUCAAAAUAGCUGUUUGGUACGAUUAUUUUAAAAAGUUUAAAAUAGAAGUUUAUAAUCUUGAAGUUGCAGUUUCAAAACUGAUGUUGAAUGCUUUUGAAAAUUUGAAUACUAUUGAAGAAGGCAUUCAGAUUUUGGAAUUGUUCAAAAAUUAUUUUGAAAAAGAGGUUAUAAAGCGAGAUUUACAAAGAUGCAUAGAGACAUUAUAUGAUAUAUUUUUUAAAGAAGCAAAUAUUGUAAAGCAAAAACUUGUUGAAAUUAAAGCAGUAGAACUCCCAUUGCUUCCAAUGUAUGGGGGUACUGCAUUUCAUGUUUCUAUUUUACCUUCACGUAUGAAGCAAGUGUAUAAAGUUUUGAAAACAGCAAGUCAUAUGUGGUCUAGAAAAUAUGAUGUUAAGAUUGAAGGAUAUUAUCAAGAAGUGUUAGAUGUUGUCCGUGAAUUAAUACAUACUUUGUUUCUGCAGUGGACAAAAACUAUUCCAAAAGUAAGUUUUAAGUUAUAUUUAAUAUUUUAUAUUAAAGGUUCAUACAAAUGAAAUCUAUUAAGUUAACU